UUAAUCCCAUCCACCGAUAUCAGCUUCCCUGCACUUCAAACCCAUUUCAGCUUCCUUCUGAAUCAUACCAAUGGCUGCUUCUACAAUGGCUCUUUCUUCUCCAUCACUGGCUGGGAAGGCCGUGAAGCUCUCACCCAACACCCCUGACAUUCAGGGCAAUGCAAGAGUCAGCAUGAGGAAGACCGCCAGCAAGUCAGUUUCCUCCGGCAGCCCAUGGUACGGCCCCGACCGUGUCAAGUACUUGGGCCCAUUCUCCGGCGAGCCACCGUCCUACCUCACCGGAGAGUUCCCCGGUGACUACGGCUGGGACACUGCUGGACUUUCAGCCGACCCCGAGACCUUCGCCAAGAAUCGUGAGCUGGAAGUGAUCCACUCCAGAUGGGCCAUGCUCGGAGCUUUGGGCUGUGUGUUCCCCGAGCUUCUGUCCCGCAAUGGCGUGAAGUUCGGUGAGGCCGUUUGGUUCAAGGCUGGAUCUCAGAUCUUCAGCGAGGGAGGCCUCGACUACUUGGGCAACCCCAGCUUGAUCCACGCACAGAGCAUUUUGGCCAUCUGGGCCACUCAGGUCGUGUUGAUGGGCGCCGUCGAGGGCUACCGUAUUGCUGGAGGCCCACUCGGGGAGGUCGUCGACCCCAUCUACCCAGGUGGAAGCUUCGACCCGUUGGGUCUUGCCGACGACCCAGAGGCCUUCGCUGAAUUGAAGGUGAAGGAGCUCAAGAAUGGAAGGCUGGCCAUGUUCUCCAUGUUCGGAUUCUUCGUUCAGGCCAUUGUCACCGGAAAGGGACCUUUGGAAAACUUGGCUGACCACCUUGCCGACCCAGUCAACAACAAUGCAUGGGCCUACGCCACAAACUUUGUUCCCGGAAAGUGAAGAGUCGCAGGAUUGAGAGAGCGAGAAAGGAACAUGUGUUUGGUUUAACCAUUGAUUUGAUGGUGAUGUAAAUUACGGGUUCAAACAAUUGAGUGCUUGAUUUGAAUGGAUCUCAUUCUGAUUCUUUCAGUCAUAACAAAGAUAUGAUCUUUCUAAUGGAA